UUGCAAUUAAAUUCGUGUAGUCACAGUCAAGUGCAGCGGUGCAGUUGCCGUGGAGCCCACGCAGUUUCUUUUCAUCUGUGGAACCAUUCCCCUGGCCUUUGUUCUUGUCGGUCACAUUUUAAUAUCCUGUGCGAGCUCUCUUGUUCACACUGCUUUACUCCUGUGCCAAAACUUUAAGAAAUCCAGCUUACCGGCUUACAGCUCUACAGAAGCGACGACAGCGAUGGGACACGAUUCGUGCUGGAGCUCGAGGUGGAGAGUGUUAGCUGCACUGGUGAUUUUCCAAUGUGCCAUUCUAAUGGUACGAUCUGACGAACCGAGACGCGAUGCAAAUUACCCUCCACCGGAGUUGCUGGAGAAGAUGAAACCAAUGCACGAUGCCUGCGUCGCUGAGACGGGUGCAUCCGAGGAUGCCAUCAAGCGGUUCAGCGAUCAGGAGAUCCACGAGGAUGACAAGCUGAAGUGCUACAUGAACUGUCUCUUCCAUCAAGCGGGCGUGGUGAACGAUAAGGGCGAGUUCCAUUACGUCAAGAUACAGGACUUUCUGCCCGAAUCGAUGCAUCUGAUCACGCUCAACUGGUUCAAGCGCUGUCUGUAUCCGGAGGGCGAGAACGGCUGCGAGAAAGCAUUCUGGCUGAACAAGUGCUGGAAGACGCGGGACCCGGUGCACUACUUUUUACCGUAGUGAGCUUUUUGUUUGUCCUCUUUUUUAACUACAAGGUUGCUUCAUCCAUAAGCCUUGGGAGAGUUAUUUUGAUUCAUUAUGUGGUUGAGUACAAAUAUGUGGGAUAGUUGAUACAUUUAGCUACAAAGAUUGCUAGGUAUUAGAUAUUUACAUUCUUGUGGUAACUCAUGAGGAAUCCAGGGGUCAGAAGAAUUAAUGUAGAAAGAAAGAGGAAAGCAUUCUAGAGCAAAAGGAUAUCAAGGUGUAAUCUUUUUAAUGGAACUAAUUACUUACUCACUUACUUAUUCUUCGCUUAAAUUGCUUUGCGGUCAUGGUCUGCUGCAGUAGUAUCCAAACCCGAUCACGAUCUCGGCCUCUAAUAACGAACGCUUUCACACCAUAUUGCAACCUCAACUUAGGCCUACCACCUUAGCUCUGUCUCUGUGAACAACCUAUAAAGACUUUGUCACGAUACAAGCGAAUAAAACGACCAUCCCACAGGAGCGCACAGGA